AUAGCGACCGGCGCUUUGGUGGAGUUUGACGUGGCACUCUGCUUUCACUGAGAAGAGGACUCUGCCCGAUACACAGGUUGUCAAAACGCCUUCAUCUUGGCAUGAGAAGACAGUAACAGCCGUCCCAUCAAAAUGAGUCAACAGGGUUAUGUUGCUGCACCUCCGUACUCCCAGGCCCAGCCUGGGAUGGGGGGCUACCAAGGUGGAUUUGGACCUGGUCCUGCACAGCCCCUCUAUGGGCACUAUGGGGGACCGCCUCAGACAUUCAAUGCUCCACCAACAGGUAUGAUGAAACCACCUAUUUCUUCUGCUGCCGGCAUGCCCCCACCUCCAGUGUCCAGUCAUUACAAUCCGAAUGCCCAGCAGAACGGGGCUCAUCCACAAAGAUACCCUGCUCCACCAGCUGCAUCUGCUGCUUAUGGACAACCUCCACAGUCAGCAUACAACAGCAUGGCCUCCCCGGCUCCACCUCCAGGGCAGCAGCUUACUAAUCAGAUGAGUGCUAUGAACUUGGGUAACUAUGCUGCAGGACCCAUGCAGAGCCCUCCUCCUGCACCAAGCUCUGUAGCCCAGCAGCCUUUCCAGAUGGCCCCUCCUCCAGCCAUGGGACAGCCGCAGACACCUCCAGGCCCGCAGUCACCCCACAUGCCACCACAGAUGACUCCACCACAGUCAUCCCCAGCAAGCAUGCCAAUGGCAGGCCCACAGAUGGGGGGACCACCAAUGGCAGGCCCACAGAUGGGGGGACCACCAAUGGCAGGCCCACAGAUGGGGGGACCACCAAUGGCAGGCGCACAGAUGGGGGGACCACCAAUGGCAGGCAUGGGUAGACCCUUCCCUGGGCCACCUCCUCCUGGUGCUGGAGGUUUCCAGCAGCCUGGACCUGGACCUGCUGGUCCACUUGGAUACCCACAGCAAGGAGGUCAGUUUGGGGGGCACAUGGCUGGGCCUCAACCAGGCAUGCCAGGGGGCUUCCCUGGAGCACCAGCCUCAAUGGCUGGCCCACCUCAGAAGAAGCUGGACCCCGACUCUAUCCCCAGCACAACCCAAGUCAUUGAGGAUGACCAAGCAAAGCAAGGAGGACAAAUCUUCAACACCAAUAUCAGAGGUCAAGUUCCACCUCUGGUCACCACUGACUUUGCAGUACAGGACCAAGGCAACGCCAGUCCCAGGUUCAUGCGCUGCACCACCUACUCCUUACCCUGCACCAUUGAUCUGGCGAAACAGUGCCAAGUGCCCCUGGCUUCCAUCAUUAAACCCUUUGCCAGCUUGCCAAAGAAUGAGACUCCUCUAUAUGUUGUGAACCAUGGUGAGACGGGCCCCAUCCGCUGCAAUCGAUGCAAGGCCUACAUGUGUCCCUACAUGCAGUUUAUUGAUGGCGGUCGUCGCUACCAGUGUGUUUUCUGCAACUGUGUUAAUGAAGUGCCAGUCUUCUAUUUCCAACAUCUGGAUCACAUGGGCCGGAGGGUGGACUUCUAUGAGAGACCUGAGUUGUCUCUGGGAUCCUACGAGUUUGCAGCCACCCUGGACUACUGCAAGAACAACAAGCCUGCAAAUCCCCCAGCCUACAUCUUCAUGAUUGACGUGUCCUAUAACAACAUUAAAAGUGGACUGGUCAAACUGAUAUGUGAUGAGCUGAAGACUCUGUUGGACAAGCUGCCCAGAGAGGACGGUGUGGAGAGCUCGGCGAUAAAAGUCGGCUUUGUCACCUACAACAAAGUCCUCCAUUUCUACAACGUGAAGAGUGCCCUGGCCCAGCCCCAGAUGAUGGUUGUGUCAGACACGGCCGAGAUGUUUGUCCCGCUGCUUGACGGCUUCCUCGUCAACUACCAGGACUCUAAAGCUGUUAUCUACAAUCUUCUGGACCAGAUCCCUGACAUGUUUGCAGACACCAACGAGAGUGAAACUGUCUUUGUCCCCGUCAUCCAGGCCGGCGUGGAGGCAUUUAAGGCAGCAGAAUGUAGUGGAAAACUCUUCAUCUUCCACUCAUCCAUGCCCACUGCUGAGGCUCCUGGCAAACUGAAGAACAGGGAUGACAAAAAGCUGGUCAAUACUGACAAAGAGAAAACCCUGUUCCAGCCUCAGAAGGGAGUGUACGAGCAGCUAUCUAAGGACUGUGUGGCACAGGGCUGCUGUGUGGAUCUCUUCCUUUUUCCCAGCCAGUAUGUGGAUCUGACAACCAUGGCGGAUGUGCCCUCACAUACCGGAGGCUCUGUCUACAAGUACAAUAACUUCCAGGUGGAGACAGAUGGAGAGCAUUUCCUGAGAGACCUGAGGAAAGAUGUGCAGAAGAGCAUCGGAUUUGAUGCCAUCAUGCGCGUCCGUACUAGCACAGGCUUCAGAGCUACAGACUUCUUCGGUGCCAUCCACAUGAACAACACCACAGAUAUAGAGAUGGCAGCGGUGGAUUGUGACAAGGCCGUGACUGUCGAGUUCAAGCAUGAUGACGCACUCAAUGAAGAGACCGGGGCUUUCAUACAGUGUGCUUUGCUCUACACCACCAUCAACGGGCAGCGACGCCUCCGCAUCCACAACCUCAGUCUCAACUGCACCUCGCAGUUGUCGGAGCUGUACAAGAGCUGUGAGACCGACUCACUCAUGAACUUCUUCGCCAAAUCAGCUUACCGUGCCAUACUGAACCAGCCUCUAAAGAAUGUGAAGGAGGUCCUGGUCAACCAGACAGCCCACGUACUGGCCUGCUACAGGAAGAACUGUGCCAGCGCCUCCGCUGCCAGCCAGCUGAUCCUGCCUGAUGUCAUGAAAGUGUUCCCGGUCUACAUGAACAGCCUGAUGAAAACUGCACCCUUGGUCGGCAGCACAGAGCUCGCAACAGAUGACAGGGCUCAUCAAAGACUGUCGGUCAUGGCGAUGGGGGUGGAGGACACUCAGCUGCUGCUCUAUCCACGCCUCAUCCCACUGCACAACAUCGACGUGCAAAGUGAGGCUCUGCCAGCUCCGGUGCGCUGCUCGGAGGAGCGUCUAGCCGACUCUGGCAUGUUCCUGCUGGAGAACGGACACUCCAUGUUUCUGUGGCUGGGCCAAGCGAGCCCACCUGACCUCGUCCAGAGCAUCUUUAACCUGCCCUCCCUCGCCCACCUGCAAGGACAUAUGUGUGCGCUGCCAGAGCUGGACAACCCGUUGUCAAGUAAGGUCCGAUCCAUCAUCAGUGACCUUCUCGAAAAGAGGCCAAACUCCAUGAAACUCCAAAUUGUGAGGCAGAAGGACAAACCGGAGAUGGUGUUCCGUCAGUUCCUGGUGGAAGAUAAAAGCCUGCAUGGUGGAGCUUCCUACAUGGACUUCCUUUGCUACGUUCACCGGGAAAUCAGGCAGCUGCUCACUUAACCUCCGAAGCUCGGCCUCGGUGCCCGCCCCCCCCGUCCCCUCCUCCCGACUGGCCUGGGAGAAACACGGCAUUAAAAUGGACCAUGCUCAAAUCUCACAGGGUCAGUCUCACUAGGCUCCACUUGAUUCUUCUUAUUUUUUGCUAUGUGUAGGAAGGACGGUCAACAGACAGGAACUUUUAAAAAAAAAAAGAGUUUAUACAAAGAAAGAAGAGGAAACAAGAAACCAAUGGAGAGCCUUUUGAGAUUCAGCCUCAAGAGUCCAAAGCUGCCUUUCCAACAUGCCUUUGCCACCAGUUAGUGUACAUUCAGUAUGAUCUUCAAAUAACCACUUGUCAUUUCAGGAACUUACAUUUUAAUGUGGAGGGAUGAGAUGGACAAUACGCACACUUAUAUUUGCCACACAGAUAUUUUGUGUGGUGGACUGUGGAGAUGGGAGUGACAUCAGUGUCUGAUGCCUUGUUGGCAUAAGCAAUACAACAUAUACAGUACCAGUUUAAAGUUUGGAAACAGGUUUUUGACUGGUACUGUAUCUCCACUGUGCAUUCUCAAUUGAGCAAAACAUUUUUUUUUAGAUUAACUUUGUACAUUUGCACAUUCUGGAUAAGACAAGGGGUUAUUUGUGGGCCAUAUUGUAGAUGUUCACCUAGAAAGUCAAUAAAUAAAGCUUGCCAGUCUUUGUUAUACACUUUCUCCCGUGAAGACCAGAUAUAUAUAUAUAUAUAUAUAUAUAUAUAUAUAUAAACAGUCUUAGUUAAUGUCAUAAUUUCACUUUUUCUAAAACAACAUAUGCUCAAAGAAAUUUUACAAUAUUUAGAUGACUUUAAAAGAGGUUUAAACAAUUUCUCAUGAUCGCUGUCAUAGUGUAACGUGUUGUAUUAAAUAAACACUUCUUGGAAACUCACAAUCAUUUUUAAUUCUUAUAAAUAGUGAUCCGUAAAUGUUAAAUUAGAAAAAACAAUGGUGAAAUGAAAGCCACUGGUUUGCCAGGACUGAAAAUUAGUCCUGUCAUUACACCGUGAGUCAUUCAAAACAUUAAGAUUUUUCGACCAUACAUGGCAGAGAUACAAUCUUCACAGUGUGCAGUGACGCAGAAAAUGUUUUGUUUUGGUGUUCGGAUGGAUACGAUCAAAAGAACGGCUGUAUUUUUCUACUUGGAGAGCAAGGACCAACUCACGUCCCCGAUAAAGAACGUCGUCAUGAAUCAUGAACGCUUCUUUAUCUUCAGUGCAUGCGUUAGAAUAUGUACUAAAAAGGGACAUUUAAGGAAUACUUAUUUAAAUAUGUAAUGAGACCGGUAUGAAAGAGGAAUGACUGCUGAUGAUGCUGAGAGAUGUCAGGAUUUUCCAAAGGAGAACGUUUAGGGAUGAAAUAUAAAUCUUGUUGCAAUGAUUCAUUGAGGAAAAACUAUCCGACAUAGCCAUAUUUUUUAGGAAAGAGCAAACUAAAGCCUCUGUCAAGACACACAGAUCAGAUCUGUGUAAUAUAUCAAAUUGUGUGAACAUUUUGUAACAGGAAGCUCAAUGUUAAAUCACCCAAAUUCAGUAAAAUCUUGUUAUACAGUAUAGUCUGUAAUGAUAAUAUUUAACACUUCAGUCAUGAGUUUUACUUUUCCGCCUUGCAUUGUUUUUUGUGGGAGUCAUUGCUUUUCUGUAAUUCAUGUUAUGCAUUUGAUAAAUAUUGUAUGAUCUUGUGUAUGUGUGGCCUACAAAAAGUCUUUUUUGUACAUGAAAUACGUGACUUGAGUUAAAUAUUACCAUCUGCCUUAAGUUGAUGUAUAAGUGGUUAAAAAAUGUGUGUCUUAGUGGUCUAUGUCUGAUUCCAAUCUAUUUGGUUUGUAUGCAAACUUAUCUCAGGUAAUUUGAGUACCAUACUUCUUUAAGUAGUGAUUUGAAUAUAACUGGAAAGAUGGAUGGUUGGUUUUUGGGUAAGACUUGAGAAAAUGUACAUUUUUUUUUAAUUAUUAAAAAGAACAGAUGCAAGUCAUACAAUGUACAAUUAAAGCAAUAUUUUUCCUUCCAUUUUUCUUUUCUUCUUCAAACAUCCCUUCCCAACUCCUGCCAUGUUUUAUUCCAAAAUCUAAAACUUCUGUCUUAUUAAAUCCUUGACUGUAA